AUGCCGCGCAUCCAGAAGGGCCUUCGAGAAGUCCACACCCUGAGCACCCAGGACAAGAAUCAGCUGGCAACAGCCCUUAGCUCUGUCUUCGAUGUCUGCCUGUGUGCAUAUGAAGCGGACCCAUGCAUAGGGUGCCAUAAUGAGGAGAAUGGUAGGAUCGUGAUAUCCCAAGACUCUGAUUUUUUUGCGUACGAACGAGUCUGCAUCCUAGUACGACCCCUCCCACACCGUAGACGGAAGUUUGGGGUUUACGACGUGGAUAACGUUAUCCAAGCACUAAACCUGCCAUCACACGAACAUCUAGUGGAGGCUGGUGAGAACCUAGGGAGGAACGUAGCCUCUGAAGAAGGCCGUUUCAGAGUAGCUUCCCGCGUUUUUACUUCCGGCCAUCAAACGUCGGCCCAAGCGUUACCAUCGAACAAUGAGUUCGAUAACCUCAAGCAGCGUCUACUCAAUGCAAAGGAUCACAUAGAAGCCAGCCGGGCCUUAAGCAUCCACCACGUCGGAGAAAGGCAAAAAAGAAGCAACAGAAAAAACAAAAGUGGAAGCACAAAGGCAAGAAGCCUCGGAGGGCCAAAAAAGAAGGAUGCUACGAAGGUUGAUCACAGCUACAGCAGUAAGCACCCUAUCAAGGCCUUAACAAUUGGACCCCUCAAGGCUUCUAUGGCAAGGAAAGGCGGACUGGACGCAGAUGAAAGGGAUAAUAUUACAAGCCAGAUCCGAGGGGCAGUUGUUGUCCUCAACCAACUACGCCGCUAUGCAUGCUGGGCGAUUGCCUUGGACAUUGAGAGGACCAUGCGGUUACCAGGGGCAGCAAGGUCGAGGAAAGAGGCACUGGAUGAGGUCUUAGACAGCACAGACUAUUCCUUCCGUCUCGUCACCCUUCUUUUAAGUGGCCAAGGUGGCCCCAAUUCAGCUUACACGAGGACAAAAAUACAAGGAAGGGUGAGCGUCAGACCUACUAAUGGGCCAAGUACAGACAUCAUUAAGGCAGCACUACAGGAACGCAAUGGUAUAGCUUGUACUACAGAGCAUGGAAGGAAGCGUCGUCGGGAAUGCGAUGAAAGCGAAACAAACGGCUGCGGAUCGGAUGUUACAGCUGGCCCAAGAGAGCCAAAGCGUGCACGGAGAAAGGCUUUUCAAACAUAUUUCACCUCCGUGCACAUGACCCGUAGCAGGUCGCGAAAGUUGGCUGCUGCCAAGUCUCAAAGAGAAGCCGAAGAGGGAAAAGCAGUCAGGGUAGGGAAACAGCCAUCCGAGAUUGCCACCAUAGGGUCGCUAUACCAGGCCAAGACAACCGGAUCCGCUAGGGCAGAUCCAGCUACAAGGGCCAUCAUGCCAACUCAGCGACUGCAAAAAGUGGUGGAAAAUCCAGUGCGCAACUGGCACUGA